CUCGCCGGCGCCGCUCCCGACGGCCGUUAGCUCUCCGGCUCCGCCAGCCCCGCCGCCGAACAAGACUAGGCUCCGAGGAGACGGGGCGACGGAACAGACUCAAGCCUGAACAAACUCUAGCAGAAACUACGACCUAGGGACGCUCCCCGCGACCGGGCUCGCGGCGCCGCCUUGCGAUGUUCGCCGCUUCGGCGCGGCGGGUGGCCGCCGCCGCCACCGCUUCCUCCUCCUCCUCUUCCGGCCGAGCCUCCCAGAUUGCGUCCGCGCUGAAUCACCAGAGGUGGAUUCACGACCGGAACAAGAAGGCGAUGGAGCUGGUGGUAAAGGGUUGGAGCGCCCUCCAGGAGGUCGAUCGCGUCAUCGACUUCGCCGACCGCAAUGACAAGCGCCUAAUCCCACUUCUUAGGGGCGCAAAGGAGAACUUUGAGCUGGCCCUAGAGAUCGACAAUAUGAAUACUCACGCCAGGUGUUGGCUGGCCAAAAUGCACUUCAAGUACCAUGUUCCCGGAGCUUGCAAGGCAGUUGGUGCUGCUUUGCUAGUUGAAGCUGCAAACAUGGGUGACCCAGAGGCACAGUAUGAACUUGGAUGUCGGCUAAGAAUUGAGAACGAUCAUGUUCAGUCUGAUCAACAGGCUUUCCAUUAUAUAGAGAAAGCUGUUGACCAGUUGCAUCCUGGUGCUUUAUAUCUUCUUGGUGCUGUGUAUUUAACUGGGGAUUGUGUCAAGAGGGACAUAGCUUCAGCCAUGUGGUGUUUCCAUAGAGCUUCGGAGAAGGGACAUGCUGGAGCUGCAGUUGCAUAUGGAUCUCUUCUUCUUAAAGGUGCUGAAGUGCCUGAAGUCAUUACCAGGUUCAACUCAGGCAAGAGCCCAUCGACCGGGAAGGUGCGAAAAAAGGACAUGCAGCAGGACCCACUAAAGCUCGCAAAGGAGCAGUUCCAGAUAGCAGCUGAGGGUGGAUGUGACCUUGGUCUACGGUGGUUGAAGAGGCUCGAGGAUUAUGACAAACACCCAGAAGAGCUAAAACAAAUCCAACAAUGACCUCGCGCUGCAUCGGGCGAUUGAUGUAUGUUGCAAUGCUGUUGCUGCACAUAGAUAGUGCUUCAUGUUUUGUCUGCCUUCUGAAUGUGGAGAAAUGUUAUUCCAGGAACGUUCAUGUCAAUGGAACGUGUGCUCGUGAAGGAAAAUUGAUUUCUAGAUUAUUAGGUUGAACUACAGGAUCAAAUAGGUCCAUUUUUUGUUACUAAGGAUUUUGCCAUAACAUGGCAAUUAUACUGAUGGCCUCUGUAAUAAAAAAAAAUCACCAUUCAUGUAAGCUUUUCUUGGUCAUAAGUGAUUUUUUUUGUUUUAAA